UAGUUGGUUGACGGAGCGAUACACAAACGACGCGGUAGCAGCAGUCAGUCGCUUAGUGAACGUCUGAGAAUAACAGUCUGUUGUUAAAAAUGUCGGAAAUAUUUAAACUUGGAGACCUUGUUUGGGCUAAAAUGAAGGGAUUUUCACCGUGGCCAGGCCGAGUUUCAAAUCCACCAAAGGAGUUGAAAAAACCACCGACUGCCAAGAAAGGUCCAGUCCAUUGUAUAUUUUUCUUCGGAACCAACAAUUACGCUUGGAUCGAAGAAACUAAUAUCCAACCUUAUCACGAAUUCAAAGAUAAGUUAAUCAAAUCUAGCAAGACUGGUGCUUUUAAAGAUGCAGUUGAAGCAAUCGAAGAAUUCAUUGCCAAAGGAGAGAUUUUUGACGACGGAUUAGAUUCAGAUUCACUUUUCGAUAGGCUAAAAGAGGAAACAGUUGUUCCUGAAAAGAAAACUCCAAAGAUUUCAAAACCGCGAAAGGAAUCAGCGCCAAAAACAAAACGAGCAGACAAUAGUUCCGAUAAUCGUCCAGCGAAAAAAGCCAGACGUGGGUCAAGUGCUAGUAACAGUGCUAACAACCGUGCUGGUAGUGUAAGCCCAAGGUUAAUAAACCACUCACCGUCUCCACCGAGGAAAUCUGGAUCAACACUUCUGAACAGGCCGGCGAAUAUCGCUCGACCCGUAACUCCUCCUAUGGAUGUAUUAACGUUGUCGCAAACGCUGAAAGAAAAGAACAUUCUGCCGUCAAAUCUCAAGUUUGGCUUCCUCGGGCUUGGUAUCAUGGGCAGCGGAAUAGUAAAGAAUCUCAUCAACAGCGGACACAGUGUCAUAGUCUGGAAUAGAACUCAAGAAAAGUGUAAUGACUUUGUAAAAGCUGGUGCUGAUCAUGGACUCACUCCAUCAGACGUUGUACAGGCUGCUGAUAUUACAUUCUCUUGUGUAGCUGAUCCACAAGCUGCUAAAGACAUGGUAUUUGGAAAUUGUGGUGUCCUGAUGGAAAUAACUCCAGACAAAGGUUACGUAGAGAUGACUGGAAUAGACGCUGAGACUUCUCAGGAUAUUGCUGAGGCAAUAAACGCAAAAGGUGGACGUUACUUGGAGGCACAAGUACAGGGUAGUAAAACUCACGCACACCAAGGUACUUUGGUGAUCCUUGCUGCUGGUGACAGAUCGUUGUUCGAUGAGUGUCAGUCGUGUUUCGAGGCGAUGGGAAAAAACACUUUUUACUUUGGCGAAGUCGGUAAUGCCUCCAAGAUGAACCUAGUGUUACAAUUGAUGGCUGGUAUUACUCUCGCGGGUCUUGCUGAGAGUAUGGCGUUAGCAGACCGUGCUGGACUUCAACAAAAACACGUGCUGGAGGUUCUUGAGCUUACGUCGUUAGCGUGUCCAGCUAUUUUGGAUAAAGGCAAAGCUAUCAUUGACGGUGGAUUCCCUACUCAAUUACCUCUACAACACAUGCAAAAAGAUUUGAGAUUAUCAUUGGGUAUGAGUGAUCAACUCGAGCAACCAUUACCGCUGGCUGCUGCUGCGAAUGAAGUAUACAAGCACGCAAAACGUCUUGGUUAUGGCGAGCACGACGCGUCUGCAGUUUAUAUCAGAGCCAGAUUCUAACCCACCUGGGGUUUUUUUUUGCUAAUACCGUAUUUAUUGCAAUACAUUGUUAUUUAACGGGGAUAAUUUUUAAGAUCCUGCUUUUCUUAUGACUAUUUUCGUUUGAUUAGUUUGACAAUUAUAAAUAGUAAAUAAAAUGAUAAAAAUUAAUAAAUAAAUUUGAGAAAGAAUG